AUGCAGGGCAAGAAGCCGGGCGGCUCGUCGGGCGGCGGCCGGAGCGGCGAGCUGCAGGGGGACGAGGCGCAGAGGAACAAGAAGAAGAAAAAGAAGGUGUCCUGCUUUUCCAACAUCAAGAUCUUCCUGGUGUCCGAGUGCGCUUUGAUGUUGGCGCAGGGCACGGUGGGCGCCUACCUGGUGAGCGUCCUGACCACCCUGGAGCGCAGGUUCAACUUGCAGAGCGCAGACGUGGGCGUGAUUGCCAGCAGCUUCGAGAUCGGGAACCUGGCGCUCAUCCUCUUCGUGAGCUACUUCGGGGCGCGCGGGCACCGGCCGCGGCUCAUCGGCUGCGGAGGCAUCGUGAUGGCUCUGGGCGCGCUGCUGUCCGCGCUGCCCGAGUUCCUCACGCACCAGUACAAGUACGAGGCGGGCGAGAUCCGCUGGGGCGCCGAGGGCCGCGACGUCUGUGCAGCCAACGGCUCUGGCGGCAACGAGGGGCCCGACCCCGACCUCAUCUGCCGCAACCGCACAGCCACCAACAUGAUGUACUUGCUGCUCAUUGGGGCCCAGGUGCUCCUGGGCAUCGGUGCUACCCCCGUGCAGCCUCUGGGGGUCUCCUACAUCGACGACCACGUGCGGAGGAAGGACUCCUCGCUCUACAUAGGAAUCCUGUUCACGAUGUUGGUAUUUGGACCAGCCUGUGGAUUUAUUCUGGGCUCUUUCUGUACCAAAAUCUAUGUGGAUGCCGUCUUCAUUGACACAAGCAACCUGGACAUCACUCCGGACGACCCCCGCUGGAUUGGAGCCUGGUGGGGCGGCUUUCUGCUCUGCGGUGCCUUACUCUUCUUCUCUUCCCUCCUGAUGUUCGGGUUCCCACAGUCCCUGCCUCCAAACGCAGACCCUGCCAUGGAGAGCGAGCAGGCCAUGCUCCCCGAAAGAGAAUACGAAAGGCCCAAGCCCAGCAAUGGGGUCCUGCGGCACCCCCUGGAGCCAGACAGCAGUGCCUCCUGCUUCCAGCAGCUGAGAGUGAUCCCGAAGGUCACCAAGCACCUGCUCUCCAACCCCGUGUUCACCUGCAUCAUCCUGGCCGCCUGCAUGGAGAUUGCAGUGGUGGCCGGCUUUGCUGCCUUCCUGGGGAAGUACCUGGAACAGCAGUUCAACCUCACCACCUCGUCUGCCAACCAGCUGCUUGGGAUGACAGCCAUCCCGUGCGCCUGCCUGGGCAUCUUCCUGGGCGGCCUCCUGGUGAAGAAGCUCAGCCUAUCAGCCCUGGGCGCCAUCCGGAUGGCCAUGCUGGUCAACCUGGUGUCUACGGCUUGCUACGUCUCCUUCCUCUUCCUGGGCUGUGACACUGGCCCCGUGGCUGGGGUUACUGUUCCCUAUGGAAACAACUCAAUGCGUGGCGUGGCUCUGAACCCCCACUCAUCCUGCAAUAAGAACUGCAAAUGCCAAACCGAUUCCUUCACUCCAGUGUGCGGGGCAGACGGUGUCACCUACCUGUCUGCCUGCUUCGCGGGCUGCAACAGCACGAAUCUCACAGGCUGUGCAUGCCUCACCACCAUCGCCCCUGAGAAUGCCACUGUGGUUCCUGGAAAAUGCCCCAGUCCCGGGUGCCAAGAGGCCUUCCUCACCUUCCUGUGCGUGAUGUGCAUCUGCAGCAUGAUCGGUGCCAUGGCCCAGACGCCCUCCGUCAUCAUCCUCAUCAGGACAGUCAGCCCUGAACUCAAGUCUUACGCCCUCGGAGUUCUUUUUCUCCUCCUUCGUUUGUUGGGCUUCAUUCCCCCACCCCUCAUCUUCGGGGCCGGCAUCGACUCCACCUGUCUCUUCUGGAGCACAUUCUGUGGGGAGCAGGGGGCCUGCGCCCUCUAUGACAACGUGGUCUACAGAUACCUGUACGUCAGUAUCGCCAUCGCACUCAAGUCCUUCGCCUUCAUUCUCUACACCACCACGUGGCAGUGCCUGAGGAAGAACUAUAAACGCUACAUCAAAAACCACGAGGGUGGGCUGAGCACCAGUGAGUUCUUUGCCUCUACUUUGACCCUAGACAAUCUGGGGAGGGACCCUGUCCCCGCACACCAGACACAUAGGACAAAAUUUAUCUACAACCUGGAAGACCAUGAGUGGUGUGAAAACAUGGAAUCCGUUUUAUAGUGACACAAGGAGGGCUGAACUCUGUCCUAGUCAUCAAAGGGUCAUUUUCUUAAAAAAAAAAAGAAAAGGAAAAAAAAGGUUUCCCCAAAACAUUCAACAUACAGACAUACAUGUGUCCGCGCGCACACAUACACACAAACACACACACACACACACACACACGCAGCUUUUUUCCUUUUGCUCAAAAUCAGAGCCAGGCAGGAUUCAGAAUAAGGAAAGAAUGGGAUCAUCCUGGAGGGCGCUCGCACUGCUGGGGCUCAGAGUUGGCUUUGAAAGCACCUCAUGGUCUUUGGGAUGCUGACCGCUGCAAGCAACAGGCACUGCCAAAUUCAGGGCCCAGUGAUGGCCAACUUGGUGGAUGGACGUUUCUGGAUACAUACACACACACACACACACACACGAAACAGAAAUAUUACAGGAAACAAAAGUCUACUAAAAACACACAAGGUCGAGUUGAAAACAUUGCCAGAUUCAGCACUAGUGAUACACCCCCGUGCCACCCUCUCCCUCCAUGCCUGGGUGGGGAGGCACAUAAGUCGGAGGGGUGGAUGCCCUGCUCCUCUACCUUUCGCAAUAUGGGUCACCGUGUAGACAACUCACCCAGUCUGCAUGUGGUUCCAGGCCCUAGAGUUCUCUCAGUGAUGCUAAUGGGUGAUCCGAGCUGGAGUCUGUAAUCAGUACCCGUCACCAGCACCAUUUCCAUGUUCAAGACUGAAGGCCCAAGGGGGAGCUGGGCAGGGGGCAGCACCUUCCCCUGGGAGCACCUCAUAGUGGCAAAGGCCAUCUCCCCCAGCCCCACAGAGUGACCUCAGGAAGCUGUGGACCUCGCCUGGCUAUGACUGACCUGCUCAGAGCCGGUGAGCCCCAAGUCCAAGUCAUUUGCUUACAUUUGCCAAACAUUUUGCCAUUUUUUCAAAAUACAAUGCAUAUGAACUUCAAACUGUUGUAUGUAUAAUCCUCUAAUUCCUAUUUUUAACUACUACUAAAAUCUGUGUUAACCCUUCAGUCACUAACACAGUUCUAUAGACCGGAUUUAUUAUGCUGGUUGCUUUUACUUUUCUCUUUUUUAAUGCACCAAAAAUAUAAUGUGAUCCAAGGGAUGCAAUUAAUCUAUUGUAAUUUUUAUCAUUUUAUCCUCAUUUGGAUAUUCUGCAAUAAUAGUAUUCAAUGUGUUACAAGAAGAAAGAAAUGCUUCACAAAGAAUGUGUAUAUGCACCCUGCCUUUAAAAGAACCACAUUUGAAACAA